UACAAGAGAGGCUACAAGAGCAGAGCAAUCCUGAGUGGCCGCAGCUUCUCCACUCUAAGUCUUCUUUUUCACAACCAAGUCACAUCAUUAGUUCAUCACCAUGGGUGGAUGUGUAGGUGUUGCCGGAGAAGUGGAUGAUCCGGUAGAAGAGGUGGCGAGCGAGGUGCCUCCCGGAUUAACGGCGCAGAGGUGCGUUGCUUUCCAAUGGGAACCCGAUGGCAAGUACCUGCGCUACUCGCGCCAGGGCAAGGAGGAGGGAGCUGUCACCGACGGGUUGCUCCAGCUAGACGGCGAGGACGUCACUAGCCCUCACACACGGUUCUUCCUGGAGCCUUCCAAGGAGCACGACGGCCAGCGGCUCCUGCACGUCAGAUGCUGCUACGACAACAAGUACUUGGCGGCGGUGCAGGGACCCCAUAGCGGCGGCGGCGCCUGGAUCAUCGGAGCCACCGACGAGGCGGAGGAGGACCUGUCCAAAGCGACGUGCACGCUGUUCAAGACGACAGCCAGCGACCGGCGUCCCGGCUACGUCAGGUUUGUCCACGCUCAUCUGGGGAUGUACGCGUGCAUGUCCGAGCAGACCCUCCGUCUCUCCUUGCAGGAAGGAGACGGACUAGACGCGGCCAGUGGCCAUGGCGACAUCAUCAUCCAUGAUCUAUCGCGGAGUCUGGUCUUACCUAGAUACCUCGUUUUCAAGGGCGACAACGGCAUGUACCUCCGCCCGCGGAUCAUCGGGCGCCAAAAGUACGUGCAGUUCUCAGCAGCAGGUGCCGCCGACCAAUCAUUGGUCAACACCGUCCACGGCAACCAGGACGGGACGUUCCGUGUGUGGUCGAAUCACUUCGGCAAGUUCUGGCGGCGCAGCCCCAACUGGAUCUUCUGCGACUCGGACGCCGCCGCCGCCGCCGGGGACGUAGACACGCUCUUCAGGGCAACAAGAUUCGGCAGCUCCGUCGCGCUUCAGAACCUCGGCAACAACUGGUACUGCAAGAGGUUGACCACGGAAGGCAAGAACAACUGCCUCAACGCGGGCGCUCCGACUAUCACGGCAGACGCAAGGCUACGGCUGGAAGAAGCCGUUGUCUCUCGCGAGAUUUACGAUGUCGUCUUCGACCUCUCAGGAACCAGAGUAUACGGGAAGACCAGUGUCGUCGGCAUGGCGACCGCCUCUGCUCACAACGACGACACCGCCUCCAGCACAACGGCUGAGCUCACGCUGGAGUGCAGACACACGGAGAGAAGGACCUGGGCUUCGAGUGUCACAAUGAGCCUCGGCGUCACGGCCAAGAUCCAUGCUGGCGUUCCCCACGUCGCGGCCGGCGGGAACAUGGAGGUUGCAGAAGAUGAGCUGAGUGGGUUGUACAGCUGGGGAUCAUCCAUGGAGAAAGAAACACGCAAGGAUGUCGCCUACCAAGUCACCGUGCCCCCAAAGACGAAGGUAACCGUGACCAUGGUAGCAACCAGAGCGUACUGCGACGUCCCCUUCUCCUACAAGCAAAGGGACACGUUGUUCGAUGGACAGCAAGUUACUCAUGACAUGAACGAUGGCCUCUACACUGGUGAAAAUUGCUUCGAUUUUGAAUAUGUAAUAACCAGCCAGGAAAUGAUCUAAUUCGGUCUUAACUAUGUCGUCGCCCAAUGAUCUAAGGCAGGUGUAUUUUUUCCGAAUUUUUUGAAUCUUCAAAAUGCUGAUUUUCAA